AUGGCGAGUGAAUUACCGGGUUCGUCUAAAGCCCUCAUCAUAGGCUUGUCAGGUCCAUCAUCCAGUGGGAAAACCACUCUGGCCAGACUCCUGCAACGCAUUUUCUGCAGGGUUCCUCUCUCCUCACAAAACCAAAUGAACACAUUUAUAAUCCACGAAGAUGACUUCUAUCACCCAGACGAUAAAAUCCCAUACACAACAACGCGCUCAGGUAAGAGAGUCCAAGACUGGGAUACAGCUGCCGCAAUCGACACAAAGUUCCUAGCCCAAGCGCUAUCCUAUGUCCGCGAGAAUGGGCGUCUUCCACCCCGACUCGCAAGCAAAGAGGAUCAAAACAAAGAAUCAGACUCCGGGGUUCCGGACAGCCUAGUACAAGAGCUACGAGAGGCUGUCAAACAGAAACUAAAUGGCGCUGAGGGGCUUACACACAAUACUAUCGCAUUUAUGGAGGGGUUUCUACUCUAUGGGCCGCCGGAAAUAUCCACUUCCGCAAAUAGUAAUCCUCUUCGUCCGGUGCAGGAUCAGAUUCAUCUUUCGCUUUUCCUGCCAGCGUCUUAUAGUUCUGUCAAAACAAGGAGGGAAGGGCGGAGUGGAUAUGUGACUAUUGGGCCUGCGCCAGAUGCUUCAGACUUCACUGCUGAAACGGCAAAAGAACACCAGGAUAAUGGGCCGGUCGAUCUAGAGCAGGAGGAUGAUCGGCCUCCUCAGAAUGUCUGGACUGAUCCUCCUGGAUAUGUGGAUGACAUUGUUUGGCCGCGAUAUGUAGAGGAUCAUGCAUGGUUGUUGGUUGCGGAUGAGAGUGUUGAAGGGGAUUUGGUUGCCAAGGUCGGUGAUGGGACGAAUGUGCGCACUGAUGUUGGCGUCCAGGUUUGUCCAGGACAGGGCGCGUUAGGGAUGGAGGAUGUGGUGAAAUGGGCCGUGGAUGAAAUAGUAAGGUUUUACUUGGAUACUUGCAUGUAG